AUGAAAUUCCUUAAAAAAAUUUCAAUCCUUCCGUAUUCACAAUUUUAUCAUUAUCGUCGUCAAUUAUUGCACCAACAUUAUAAAUUAUUGAUAUCCAAGAGUGCAAAUGAUAUUUCCAAGAAAGCUUUUCAUACUACAAAUAGUUUCCGGGCACAAUUUCCAUUUUUAUUUUUAAAUUCUGGUCCAUACGCAACCGAACAUUCCACACCACCACCUGAUGCUCUAAGAACAAUAUAUCAACAAACAUUGAAUCAUUCAAGAAAAAAUUAUGCUAUUAGCGAACUUCAAGGUUCAUUCUUGACAUUUUUAACUUCUAUAAUUAAACCAAAAGGCAUUCUUGAACUUGGAUGUUUUCUCGGUUAUUCCAGUUUGUGUUUUGCUGAAGGAUUACGAAAAAGUGGAAUUGCAAGUAAUAAUAAAAGUACAAUAGUAACUUGUGAACUUGAUCCUGAUUAUGCGAAAAAAGCCAAAGAAAAUAUCGAGUAUUGUGGAUUCAGUGAUCUGAUUGAAGUAAAAGUUGGAAAUGCUAUUGACACGUAA